AUUCUGGACUUUGGAUUGGCGAGGCAUACGGACAGCGAGAUGACCGGUUACGUGGUUACAAGGUGGUACAGAGCCCCAGAGGUGAUACUUAACUGGAUGCAUUAUACGCAAACAGUUGACAUCUGGUCUGUGGGCUGUAUAAUGGCUGAGAUGAUAACAGGAAGGCCUCUGUUCAAAGGAAAUGAUCAUCUGGACCAACUCACAGAAAUAAUGAAAAUAACGGGUACACCAACUCAAGAUUUUGUUCAAAAACUGCACAGUCAAGAUGCAAAAAACUAUAUCAAAAGCCUCCCAAAAGUCCAGAAAAAAGACUUUGCAUCCAUCUUGAAGUAUGCGAAUCCUUUGGCCGUAAACCUUCUGGAGAAGAUGCUGGUGCUGGAUGCAGAGAAGCGAGUCACAGCAGCUGAGGCUUUGAUGCAUCCUUACUUUGAACCAAUUCAUGAUCCUGAGGAAGAAAUUGAAGCUGAGAAAUAUGAUGACACAUUUGAUAACAUGGAUCUUCCACUGGAUGAGUGGAAGCGCAUUACAUAUAAAGAGAUACUGAACUUCAAGCCAUCACAAACAUUGGAGUCAAAGGAGACUUCAGUGUAA